AUGAACAAAUUAGGUAUAUUGUUGACAAAAUUACGCAUUCAACUUAUCGGUGGUCGAUCAUCACCGUCAUCUAAUUCUAACAAUUUAGAAAGCUCAGCAGUUGAUCCAAUGCCAUACACUCUAUCAUUUGGUGUAUUUAAGUUGAUUGUUGUUAUAACUUCAUCAAUUGGAUUUGGCGCAUUCUUAGCAAAAGAAGUAGCCUAA